GGCUUCAUACAUUAAUCUAACUCCCGUACAUGGGCAACUCCAGGUUUAAAUGGAAAUUCUUAAAGAUUUAAUCCACUUAUCUCGUCACACUUACAGAUAUUUUGAGAGGCGAUUUUGCGAUGUAUAUAUGAAUUGUCGAAUUUAAUUUUGGAUGAAAGGGAUAAGAAAAUGACGAGUUAUAUAUAUCGUGGCUGAUUUGUGCCAUUCGUGUUUUCGCCACGCGAUCCCGCCAAACGAAAAGUAAAAAAUUAACAAGUUAAAAUGGCGGGGGCGCGGAGCGAGAAGUCGCUUAUAAACGAGGGCGCGGAGCAAAGUUUAAUAAAUAAAAACUUUGCCCCGCGGGGCGCGGAGCGAAAUGUAAGAAAUAAAACGGCGGGGCGCGGAGUGAAAACACGCGCCCCUUCCAUUUCAACUUGUUAAUUCUCGACUUUUCGCUUGGCAGGAUCGCGAAAUUUUUAUUUUUUAAAACUUCGUCCCACGCCCCCGCUAAUGAACGUGUUUUGACGUUGAAAUGAAAAUAAAACAAUAGUGUUUAUGAAAAACUAGAUCCUGUUGAAUGUAUCCGGUAUAUCUACAUUGCCUUUUCCUGUUUUCAUUAUCAAGGAUCUAUUUGAUUAUUUAUCAUCAAUAUAGUCACGAUGUUUUUUGAUGUCUAUCAUCACAAACAAUUUUAAAUAUUUUUAUAACUGUCAACACCAAAGUCCGUCUCUUAUUUUCACAUUUUAUAUUUUAAUAAACUAUUAAAAAAUAAUGUGUUAUUUAUGUGCCAUAAUUUGGAUGUAAAAUUUGAAUUCAUAAAGUAGAGAGAUUAUUUAAAUCGUAGAAAAAAAUGUCGGGAAUUUUAAAAGGAUUUGUUUUCUUUAUCGCAUUUACGUUCUUUAAAGUUUCUGGUGUGGAUUUUUCUUUUAGCAAGGAUAAAGUUUUACUGGGCAGCACAGGUACAUUAACUAUGACAUGCGAUGUGACUGGAACAGAUGUUGAUCUUUUUUACCGCAUAUGGAUAUAUAAACUUAAAUCAGCAACACGUUCUAUAAUACGUUGGGAAGUAUUAGCUAAAAUGGAAUUUGGAAAAAAUGCAACUACUUCUUUAAGUCAAGAUAUUGAAGCAGAUAGUAAAGAUUAUGUUGCUAGAGGAUCAUGGGAUUCUGACACACCUGCUAACACAUAUCUUGCAUUGUCUAUGAACAUAGAAAAGUUAGUUUGCAAUGAUGUUACAGCUUAUAAAUGUGAGAUGUAUUAUAAAAGUUCCACAACAGGAAGUAUUGUACAGUCUUACAAAAUUGCCACCUUCUCAGCAUUUGUUAAACCUCAAGUGACAUCAUUAAUUACAAGGAAGAAUGGUUUUGUAGUACAAGGAAUGUCACCAUCUGACAUAGCCACUGCUGAGGUAGGCGAUGAGUUAGAACUUACAUGUACUGCGAAUAUAGGUAGCUUAAAAGGAACACUCAUUCGGUGGAAUAGAACAUCUGAAACUUCACCAACCAAUGAAUUUAUUGGCUACGAACCACCUCAAGGUACUGUUGAUGAAGGCACUGAAAUUAGUGACAAUCAGUGCGGAUAUACCCGAGUGGCGUCAAUCAAGUACAACGCAACAGCAGCCGAUGCCAAAAGGGAUAACAAUCUGGCAUUCGAGUGUUAUGUUACCGUUACUGGAGAUCCGUAUGGGAAAUCUUUCACCUCUGAAAAUAAUCCGAGAUUUUAUACUGACGUCAAUAACCAAAGUAGUGGAGAGACAAACCGUACUAUGAGUACAACAGAUGGAAACGACAUAAGUAUAGCAGCAGGAGCUAUCGCCGCGAUUGUCACUGCGUCACUAAUUGUUAGUGUUCUAAUCGGUGCGGUUUGUAUAUGGCUUGUUUUAAAAAGAAAACGGGCAGAAACAGGCCUGAUGAAUCAAGAUCAGCAUCAGCCAACAUCAGUGUCACGAGAUACAGAAUUAAAUGUAUUGUCACUUUCACCAAAUACCUACGAACAACUUCAAAAUGGAACAGAUACUGAAAGCAGGAUGACUUAUGAUCUCUUAGACGCUUCAGCAAAUCCCAGCGCGGUACCAAACAGCCAAUCACAGUAUGAGAGUCUUGAACGGGAAGCAGGGGUAUCUCAAACGUAUGCAGAUCUAAAGCUUGGCCGAUAAAACAUAUUGGCAGAUUUGAAAGAUCUAUCUCGCUGCUUGGGUUCCUUUCAGUUUAUAAAUGUUUUUGUACACAAUCUUUAACUAUCUAUGAUUUUAAGGUUUAUUCAUAAAUACAAUAAAUAUUAUGUAGGGAUUAUGCCAGGACCAGACGAUGUCUUCGUGCAAUGGAAGUUAUUCCAGCAAUCCGAGUUCGAUCGAACAAACUAGUUGUAUAGAUGUGGAAGGGAAAAUCAAAUGUAUUUUCAUCUUUUUCCUUUUCAAUAAGAUAACUCGGCUUAAAGAGUUCUUCGUAAUUAUUUUUCCACUUUAAAGGGCCAUAUGCACUAGUUAUAAAUGUUUUUUGACACAAUCUUAACCUGUCUAAGAUUUUGAGGUUUAUUUGUACAUACAACAAAACAAUAAACAUUAUAUGGCGAUUACUUUGAGCGAAGGGAGUUAUUCGAGCAAUCCGAGUUCGAGCGAACCAAGUUAACUUUAGUUGUAUAGGUGUGACAGGCAGUCAAUUAUUAUCUUAUCCAUUAGAUAACUCGGCUUUAAAGGGUGAUUCUUCGUAUUUUUUUUUUUUCAUUUUCUCCAGUUUUAAGGGCUCAUAUCAUGCCGACGGAAGCUAUUAAUAUCCAGUUCAAAGUGUAAAAAUUAACAAAGGACAAUAACUCCAAAAUAAGGCAGAGCAGAGUUAUGGUUCUUUUACACUGCACAUCUACUUAAUGAGAUCUAUCUACUUACAAAGUUUCUUGUAGAUAUCUUUCAUGGUUUCAGAGUUAUUCCCCAGACAAAGUUCAAAUUGUAAAAAUGAACAAAAGGCACUAACUCCAAAAUUAGUUACGGCAGAGUUAUUGUUCUUUCGAACUGCAUUUUUACCCAAUGUGAUCUAUCUACCUUCAACGUUUCAAGUUGUUAUUUCUAACAGUUUCAAAGUUAUGUCCCAGACAAACUUCACUAUUUUCAAAUGAACUGUUUUCUUUAAUCAGCUUUCAUGAAGAGAACUCUACAUGUAUAUAAAGAUUUUCUACUAAAUAUAUAGAUUAAAAUAUGAAAAUGUUAUAUUUGUAUUUUACAUAAUGUACAACACGGUUCUCCUUCCAUUAAUAUUGUCAAAUUCAAUCAUUUUAAGUUUGUAAUAGCACAUGUAUUGAUAAACAAGUUCAUUUCA